AUUAUCCCUUUUAAUCCUCAGCCAGAAGUUGUCAGGCGAAUACUUCAGGUACAAGGGCAUCCCUUUCCCCGUGGGCAUCUACUCACCCGAGAGCAUCCGCAUGGUAGAGAACGCUGAUGUGCAGGACGACGACAUCUUCAUCAUCACCUACCCCAAGUCAGGCACCAACUGGAUGAUUGAGAUCCUCAGCUUAAUCCUAAAGGACGGGGACCCAUCCUGGAUCCGCUCGGUGCCCAUCUGGAAGCGGGCACCCUGGUGUGAGACCAUCAUGGGUGCCUUCAGCCUCUCGGACCAGCCCAGCCCCCGCCUCAUGAGUUCCCACCUCCCCAUCCAGCUCUUCACCAAAGCCUUCUUCAACUCCAAGGCCAAGGUGAUCUACAUGGGCCGGAACCCCCGGGACGUGGUGGUCUCGCUCUAUCAUUACUCCAAGAUUGCUGGGCAGUUGAAGGACCCCGGCACGCCUGACCAGUUCCUGCAGAACUUUCUCAAAGGCGAAGUGCAGUUUGGCUCCUGGUUCGACCACAUUAAGGGCUGGAUUCGGAUGCAGGGCAAAGAGAAUUUCCUGUUUAUCACCUAUGAGGAGCUGCAGCAGGUGAUUCCCCCCCCCCGCCCCACCCCCACCCCACUCCGGCCCAGCGUCCUCCACUCCUCCCCUCCUCAUACCCGCUUCCCUUCCCGCGAGGCCUGCUCUGCUGCCUAA